AUGAAGUGCAUUCUGUGGAAUUGCCGGGGGGCAAAUAAACCCCAAUUUCGAAGAUCGAUUAGAUAUUUGGUGAAGAAGUUCAAGACAAAUAUCCUUGUUGUUUUUGAAACUCAUGCUGGUGGAGAAGCGGCAUGCCGGAUUUGUUGUGGUCUAGGGUUUGAGAACUCGUUUCGGGUAGAUGCAUGUGGCCAGAGUGGAGGUUUAUGGCUGUUAUGGAGGGAGGAGAUUGGAGAGCUUGAGGUGGUCAAGUCGUCGGAUCAGUUUAUACAUGCUCGAAUCGGGAAUGGAGCAGAGGUGAUUAAUCUGAUUGUUGUGUAUGCGGCUCCUUCACCAAGCCGUAAAAGUGGCUUAUGGGCUGCUUUAGAAGAAGUUUUGCGUAAUGCAGAGGGUCCGGUGUUCGUUGGGGGAGACUUUAAUACAAUAGUGAGGAUAGAUGAAAGGAGUGGUGGGAAUGGGAGAUUGUCUGAGGAUUUUAUAAAGUUUGGUGAUUGGAUAAAUGAUAUGUCACUGAUUGAUAUGAGAUUUCAUGGCAAUCAAUUCACAUGGAAAAGAGGGAAAACUGAAAGCACAUUUCUCACACCGGAGGUUAAGGGUGAUGCACGUCGACGUCCAUUUCGUUUUGAGGCGGCAUGGCUACAACACAAUGAGUUUCUAGACUUGCUAACAGCUUCAUGGGAUCGUGAUAUUGAUACAAGAGAGGCUUUGCGGAGGUUGGAAGUGACACUCCGAAAGUGGAACAAAGAAGUUUUCAGAAAUGUCCAAAGAAGGAAAGAGGACUUGUUGAUGGAGAUUACAGAGAUACAUGACAAAAUUGAGCAAGACCUCUCUGAUGAGAUCUUGGUAAAGGAGGGAGAGCUAUUAAAAGAACUUGAGAUCAUCCUCGAGCAAGAAGAAGUGCUCUGGCUCCAAAAGUUGCGGGAGAAGUGGUGUGUGCAUGGAGAUAGAAAUACCAAGUUCUUUCAUAUGUCGACAAUCAUUAGGAGAAAGCGAAAUCGAGUGGAGAAGCUAAAGAAAGAUGAAAUUCAGUGGGUAUCAGAUGCAAAAGAACUUGAGAAGCUAGCGGUGGAUUAUUUCAGAAAACUAUAUUCUCUGGAAAACAUGGAUACAGACAUAUAA